AUGGACACACCGCGCUCACGACUGGUCUUCUUCGGGAAUGAAUUCCCCAGCGAUGACCUCAAGGAUCUCUUCCGACGAUUGCACCAACACAGCAAGGACCGACGGUUCAGACUACUGUCCAUCUUCCUCCAUGAGUCGGCGGCCAUUCUCAAGGAGGAGAAGGCUAAACUACCUCAGCAGCUGCAGGAACUGGUGCCCCAUUUCGACACGGUCUGCACGCUGGCUGAGGUCGACUUUCGUCAGGGGGCUCUAGGCGCUGCGAUGGAGAGCGCAUUGCUGACUAUCCUCGAACUUGGCAUGUUCAUUGGUCAGUAUGAAGCCGAGGAUGCUGAAUGGGACCUCGAUCCCUCCCACACCAAUCUUGCCGGCCUGAGUAUUGGUCUUCUCGCCGGUGCCACCGUCGCUCUAUCCAGCAGUCUGGCAGAUGUAGCCAAGAUCGGAGCAGAAAGCGUACGUGUUUCCUUCCGACUGGGAGUCUACGUCGCCGAUAUAUCGUCCAAGCUGGAAGCGCCCCAGUCCGAUGGAACGUUGCAGAGUUGGGCGCACGUCGUCACGGAGAUGACGCAGGACGCCGUUCAGGAGGAGCUUUCUCAAUUCAAUGUCGCUACGCAGAGUCCGGAUCUUACCAAGGUCUUCGUCAGCGCUGCAGACAAAACCUCCGUCAGUGUCAGUGGGCCGCCAUCACGCGUUAAAGCGGCCUUCCAGCAUUCUCCUAUCCUGAGAUACUCCAAGUCGUUGGCACUGCCGGUGUAUGACGGCCUCUGUCAUGCGUCGCAUCUCUACAGUCGGGAUGAUAUCGAGGUUGUUAAUAAUAGUGCUGAGUCUGUUAUACCUACUUCUCGGGUUGUACGACUGCCCUUGAUCUCAUCCCAGACUGGUAAACCGUUCGAGGCAAAGACAGCCCGUGAGCUUUUCCUGGAGAUUGGCACUGAGCUGUUGACCGGCACUAUCUACCUCGACAACGUUACGGCUGGUAUCCUCGAACACGUCAAGCUGAAGAAAGCGACAGGACAGGACUACCAGGUUGAUUCCUUCCGCACCUCCAUCGUCCUGAAGGGGAUCACGUCCGCCAUUGAGACUGGCUUCCCCGAACUGUCGCUCGUUCGACGCGAUCUGGUGUCCUGGGUUCACGGAGAUUAUGGCGCUCGUCGUCCGUCUUCAUACGCCGAUUCCAAGCUGGCCAUUGUCGGUAUGGCCUGUCGGCUGCCUGGAGGCGCCAAUGACCCCGAGCUGUUCUGGGAGCUGCUUGAGCAAGGACGUAAUACCCUCACCACGGUGCCGUCGGACCGAUUCGACCUGAACACACACUACGAUCCGACUGGAAAGACGGAGAACGCGACUCAGACUCCGUUUGGAAAUUUCAUCGAUCGACCGGGCUACUUUGAUGCCGGAUUUUUUAAUAUGUCCCCCCGAGAGGCGGAGCAAACAGACCCCAUGCACCGACUUGCCCUCGUUACUGCAUACGAAGCAAUGGAAAUGGCCGGCCUCGUUCCCGGCCGUACGGCGUCCACCCAGCCCAGCCGCAUCGGCACGUUCUACGGCCAAGCGAGCGACGACUGGAGGGAGCUGAAUGCGUCGCAGAAUAUCAGUACCUAUGCAGUGCCUGGCGGCGAGCGCGCCUUUGCUAACGGCCGAAUCAACUACUUCUUCAAGUUCUCCGGGCCUUCUUUCAACAUCGACACAGCUUGCUCGAGCGGCCUUGCGGCGGUGCAGGCGGCCUGCUCGGCGCUGUGGGCUGGUGAGGCUGAUACGGUUAUCGCAGGUGGUCUAAAUAUUAUCACUGACCCGGAUAACUACGCUGGUUUGGGGAAUGGUCACUUCCUAUCCAAGACAGGACAAUGCAAGGUCUGGGAUAAGGAUGCUGACGGGUAUUGUCGCUCAGAUGGAAUCGGCUCAGUCGUUAUUAAGCGGUUGGAGGAUGCAGAGGCUGAUAACGACAACAUCCUGGCGGUAGUGCUGGGAGCUCGAACCAACCAUUCUGCCGAUGCUGUCUCCAUCACUCAUCCUCAUGCUGGCGCGCAGAAGGACAACUACCGCCAGGUGCUGCUUCACCAGGCUGGCGUUAACCCCCUGGACGUGAGCUACGUAGAGCUGCACGGCACGGGCACCCAGGCCGGCGACGCGGUGGAAUCCGAAUCGGUAUCGGACGUCUUUGCACCCUCGAUGCCUCGUCGUCGCGCUGAUCAACGUCUGUAUCUGGGCGCUGUGAAAAGUAACAUCGGACAUGGCGAGGCUGCGGCGGGCAUUGCUUCCCUUCUCAAAGCUCUCCUGGUGUAUCAAAAGAACCUGAUUCCCAAGCACAUCGGCAUCAAAACGGAAAUUAACCCGACUAUUCCCAAGGACCUUGAGCGACGCAAUGUUGGUCUGGCCAUGGAGAAUACUCCGUGGCCGCGACCUGCAGGGAAGAAGCGUCUUGCCAUUGUUAAUUCGUUUGGAGCGCACGGCGGCAACACGACUCUGCUGCUGGAAGAUGCCCCGGAGAGAGUGAAGGUUUCGACUAAUGAUGAGCGUACCACGCAUCCGGUGGUUCUCUCUGCGAAGAGCAAGAAGUCUCUAGAGGCAAACGUGCAGAAUCUGCUCUCGUAUUUGGAUCAGCAUCCAGAUGUUGAUCCGGCAGAUCUCUCGUAUACGCUCUGCGCGCGACGCAUGCACCAUAGUAUGCGAUUCGCAACCGCAGUCUCCGACAUUUCGACUCUACAGAAGAGUCUACGCUCAUGGCUAGACAACCCGAAGACGUCCUCUGAGCUGCGAGCCAUUCCCAACGAGGCGCCAUCCGUCGUGCUCACCUUCACCGGCCAGGGUGCUUACUAUCGCGGCAUGGGCCAAGAGUUGUUCACUGAGUUUCCUCAUUUCCGGACGCAGGUUCUCCAGCUCGACCAGCUCGGACAGCGAUUGGGAUUCCCGUCCGUUGUUCCCGUGAUUGAUGGGAGCAUUGAUGACGAUACAGCAUCGCCGAUCUUGACGCAGCUUAGCAUCGUUGUGCUGGAAAUCGCCUUGGCUCGCUUCUGGUCGUCGCUCGGCGUCCGUAUCAGCGCCGUCGUCGGACACAGUCUGGGUGAGUAUGCCGCACUCGCCGUUGCGGGCGUCAUCUCUGCUGCAGACGCUCUGUAUGUCGUUGGACGACGCGCACUGCUAAUCGAGGAACGAUGCAGUGAAGGCAGCCACGCAAUGCUUUCCGUUCGGGCGUCGGUGGACGAGAUUCACGACCUCGUUACAGGCAAUGCAGAUAUUGCUGGAAUUGCCUACGAGGUUUCCUGUUGCAACACACCCCAAGAUACCGUGAUUGGCGGCGCUAGAGAUGCAAUCAACGCCAUCCGCAACACCCUCGAAGCAAAGAGUAUCAAGUGCACGCAGCUAGAUGUGCCCUUUGCUUUCCACACGGCGCAAAUGGAACCCGUGCUGGACUCCCUGGAAGCGUUGGCGACUCCGAUCGCUUUCAAAGCCCCCAGUAUCCCCCUGCUGUCGCCUCUACUGGGUAGCGUCGUGUUUGACGGCAAGUCCAUCAACGCACAGUACCUGCGCCGUGCGACCCGAGAGACAGUUGAUUUCGUCGCGGCGAUUGAAGCGGCUCAGGACUUCGGUCUGGUUGACGAGAAGACAAUCUGGAUUGACAUUGGACCGCAUCCGAUCUGCACCGGACUUGUGCGUGGCAUUGACAGCUCCGCAUCCUUGGUCUCCUCAUGUCGACGCAACGAGGAUAACAUGGCGACCAUGUCCAAGAGCCUGGUCACCCUCUACCUGGCGGGUAUCACGCCAUGCUGGCCGGAAUACUUCCAGCCCCGUGAGAGGGAGUAUUCCUUGCUGCAGUUGCCGAAGUACAGCUGGAAUGAAACUAACUACUGGAUUCCGUAUCUCGGCACCUGGACGCUGGACAAGGCCCUUCUCAAGCAUGGGCAGACGACGGCCCCUGUGUCUCUGUCGAUGUCGUUGUCGCGUCCUUCAGCACUGCGCACCUCGCUGAUCCACCAGAUCACUGCUGAGACGGUGGAGGCGAGCACAGCCACCCUCCAUGCCAUCUCUGAUAUGCAGCAUCCUGAUUUCCUGGAAGCCCUGCAUGGCCAUCAAAUGAAUAACUGCGGCGUUGCCACCUCGUCUAUCUGGUCUGACAUGGCCUUCACCGUCGGUGAAUACCUCUACCGUCGACUUGUCCCCCAGACCAAAGACGUGCACAUGAACCUCUCAGAUAUGGAAGUCCUGCACGCACAAGUCGCCAACAAAACCAAAGGAAGCAUCCAGCCGCUGGUCCUUAAAGCACACCUGGAUCUAUCCACCGGUUGUAUGUCCUUAGCCUGGUUCAACGCCAGCGCUGAGACGGGCGACUGCAUCGGCGAGUCUUUUGCCACGGCCGUGGUCCGUUUCGAGGACCCAGCAUCGUGGACCAAGGAAUGGGACCGACUCUCCCAUCUAGUCCUGGGACGUAUUGAAGCGCUGGAAGAGCGAGCCGACCAGGGCAAGGCCAGCAAACUCUCCAAGCCGCUGGCCUACGCGCUCUUCAAGAACGUGGUCGACUACGCAGAUCGAUAUCGCGGGAUGGAUCAAGUGGUGUUGCAUGAUCAUGAGGCCGUCGCGGACGUGACUCUCACAGCGGAGAGACAUGGAACAUGGCAUACGCCGCCGCAUUGGAUUGAUAGUGUCUCGCACUUGGCUGGUUUGGUCAUGAACGGUAGCGAUGCCUCGAAUACCAGGGAUUACUUCUACGUCACACCAGGGUGUGCCAGUUUCCGUCUACUGAAUCCGCUGGAGGCAGGUGGUAAGUAUCGCAGUUACGUGCGCAUGUUCCCCUUGCCCGAGGAGGCGAAUAUGUAUGCCGGUGAUGUGUACAUCCUUCAGGACGAGCGUAUCAUCGGUAUGGUCGGUCAGAUUCGAUUCCGUCGCGUGCCGCGUCUUCUGAUGGAUAGGUUCUUCUCUCCUUCCUCUUCGGCACCUGUGCUGGAACAUGUUCAGAAGCCACAAGCUACGCCUCCGAGCGUCCCCAGUGUCUUGAAAAGCGCUCCUCCUCCUGCCGCUGCUGUCCCAAUCCCAGUUCCUGCGCUCGCUCGCUCCGAAGAAUCAUCCGAGGAAUCCCCCAAAGAAAGCCCCGUCAUCACGCCCGCCGCAUCUGAAAGGGGCGACCCCCUAGACAACGGGGUGGUGGGCCAGUGUCUGCGAGUAAUGGCACGCGAGACGGGACUAGAUCUUGAGGCCUUAACACCCGAUGCGAGCUUUGUGCAGCUGGGCGUCGACUCGCUUAUGUCUCUUGUCUUAUCGGAGAAGUUCCGCGCCGAACUGGGGGUGGAGAUUAAGAGUUCGUUGUUUCUGGAGUGUCCGACUAUUGGGGAGGUGACGGCUUGGCUGGAGGAGUAUUGUUGA